AUGUUCCAAUCAAGGGCUAGUGAGGCCGCGCCGCAAACUCUGCCGCCUGCGCAGCGAAUCCUUGACCUUCCGACCGUGGCUCCGACACUCCACUUUCUCUCUGCUGCUUUUCCCUCCCUCACCUGUGCGCUCAGUGUACGGGGUACAUGUGUCGCCAGUAUCUACACUGCCGCAUCAAGUCCGCGGACCGGGAAUGAGAGCCCGAUGCAGACAAGCGUGCGAGGCGUGUCGGGCGCGCAAGUCGCGCUGUCUCCCGGGCUCAAGCGACGAGACUUGCAAGAGAUCUCUGGAGUCGUAUGUGUGCCUCAUGAAGCCAUCAGGCGGACAGCCCCGCAGAAGAGGGUGAGAGGGCGGUUUGCUAGCGGCAAUGGCAAUAUCCCAGUACGGGCUUGGGGCGUAACGGCGUUGAAGGAGGACGGUGAUCAAGGCCACCGCCUCGGCGGUCCCUCAACGUCGGGAACAAUACAGUCACCGUCGCCUGGCGUCCGAGAUGCUUCGAAUACUUUGGGCUGUAUUCUGCUCACCGCGUUGGACGCCAGAGAGCCUUCGCCUGGCUGCUGGGUUGCAUUGAGAUCUGCAUGUGCUCAUCAAUGCUCGAUGUUUCUGGACCGCUACAGAGACAUGGUCGAAGUGGUGCCCUUUGCCAUCCAGCUACCGCCGGUUCCGCUGGAUGAUCUUCUGUCGUCCUCCCCCAUCCUCCUCCUCGCCGCCAUCCUCACAGGCAGCAGCUCUGACCCGGAGUUUGAAAAGCAGGCGGGCGAGGUAUAUCGCCACGUGCUCGCCCACCGGGUCAUCGUCAGAGGACAGAAGAGCAUGGAGCUCCUCCAGAGCCUGCUGACCUACAUGUUGUGGUAUCACCACCGCUUCGACCCCGAGACCCUCCAAUACUACCAGCUCCUACAGCUCGCGAAUGGCAUGGUCGCCGAUCUCGGGCUGCCCAGGAGAUUUGCCAGAGACGGGGAUUUCUCCACCCGCGCGGACGAAGACGUGAACGCCAUUCGAGCGUUCUUGCUGUGCUUCUACCUCAACUGCGGCGGGGGUGUGCUGGGGUACGAUCGGCCCGAGAACAUGCGAUGCAUUGAGAGCUUGAGGAACGCCGCGAAAUUGCUGGUCGAGCUGUCGCCAGGGUCUCUCGACAAGGAGGCCCCUGCGGUGGUCGAGCUGAUGCACCUUGUCAGCCUGCACCGCGGCGAUGGGAAUCCGCCUGAUCAUCGUUUUAUUCCAUCGGAAGGUCUCGCCCAGUGGAGAGCUACAAACCUACAGUCCGAGACGUCGGUGACCUUGAGGUCGAGUUACCACUUCGUCGCGGCAUACAGCGUCCUAAAGUCCCUGAGUUCGAAGGCCAUGUCGGCCGAGGACAUGGUCCUGUGCGUAGAGCACUUUGAGGCACUCCUAUCCAACAUCCUGGACCAAAGACUCAACUAUAUCGUUCGGCUGGGCAUCGUCGAGUGGGCACAUCUGAUCACCACGUUCUUUCUGCUCGCUCGUCUGGAUCGGUCGAAGACGCAUGAACUGGGCGGAGCAGUCUCCCUAGGUCGUCCACCACUCACGCACCAACAUGUCGGUCGUUUCCGAGCCCUGAUGGCGAAGUUGGCGAUGCAGGCCGGGACAGACGCGACCUCCGAGGCUCCCCAUCUCAUGAGCUGGCUCGACAAGAUCUUGACUGCAGCGACGCAGCAGGCCAGCUCAUCGCAAACAUUUCAACAUCUUGGUCAAAACGAGAGUGGCCACCGCCAUGAGGAGUCGGCCUACGAGCUCGUCAACUCCUUCCUCGACGACGAGGGACGCGUGCGGGACCACGAUCCAGGGGAGGCAGCUGCGCUGAGGAACCACGCGCGGCAGAGAGGCGAGGAAGACUUUUGGACCGACUUCAUGUCCGACUGGCUGAAUUGGUAG